AUGAUACUCCAACCAAUAGAGCAGUUGAAGCAAGCCGUAAAGAACGUGGUUGACUUGAUAAAGCAACCAUUCUACGCUUUAAGAGACGCGAUAUCGAAAGUAAUAAAAACAGUGAAGAUGGUCGUAAAGAGGAUUAAACAGACUCUUGUGGCUAUCAAGCGACUCGUGCUUAGCAUACUGAGAGUGAUCACGUCGGUUUUUCAAUGGCUCGGCAGCAUCGUGAAUAUCUGCAACAAGAAGCUCGGCACGCCAUUCGACAGGUGUCAGAGAGUCUUCGAAGGAGCAGUGGCUGACUGCAAAGCAAAGCUUGGCCCGGUUUUCGGAGGGAUUUGCAAUUUGACGUACAUCGUCAGCGCUUUAUGUUAUAUAGUGAAGCCUUUAGACUUCAUUUGCAUGCUCGUGUCUUAUGUCGCCGAUACUAUAGUCGAUGCCGUGCGGAAGAAGAUCAAAAGGUUUACUCGUCAUAUGAGAGCGAUGUUUUACGUUAAAGUGAAAUUCUCGCAUUCCUUCCACUUCGAGACGAACCAUAGUAGAACCCUCGAAGAAGUAUCGACCGGCAUAAUCACCGAAGUACGAUCGAGAACAGACAGAUUUUUGGCCGUUUUCGAUUGGAUGAGCUUCAUGACUACUUUCUUCAUCUUUUUCAUGCUGCUGAGAGUGUUGCAUUAUCGGCACAAGUGGCUAACGAAUGAACGCUUCGACAAUCGAUACUUGACUGACGAUCUGCGCACCAUCGAUCUAAUAAGGACGCGUCAAGAUAAGGAGACCAUUCUGCCGUUAAAUCGUCGCGAGAGAAAUCAAUACAUCCCACUGACGUCCAUCACCUUAAUUAAGGUGGAGAGAGUGAAGCUCACAAAAUCUGCCGUCUUCUUGUGUUUAACGACGUUCAAGAUUUGCAUCCAUAUGAUGGCAGACUACAGUCUUUAUUGGAUCCUGAGCACUAUUAGAUAUCACGGACGGAUCGAAACGAAGGUCCAACGACCCAGUUCCGUGGGCGUCUACGUGUCUGGCAACGGCUAUCUCGCCGACCUUUAUCGAAGCAUCGUGAAAGCGUUCACGCCACACGCGAAGGAUCCGGAGAUCGAUAUGAUGCCCUGCCUCCCGGAUCCUAUUCCCCCGGAUCUAGACAGGUACACGCAGAUCGUAACACUGAUUGCCUUCUGCUGGAUCAUGGCGAUAUUUGAGCCUUACGGGUUGCGACUACGCCACGUCGUCAUGUGCAAGUAUCACCCGGAAAGGGCCAAGCAAAGGGCCGCCUGGCUGUAUAAUCAUAUAAUUAGAUCGAGAGGAAGUUUUCUGAAAUUCGCGCGGCGCCAGUUGCGUCGCAAGUUCGGCAUUACUGAGGGUGAGAAGAUCGAAAGAGUCACGUUCAGGGAGCGAUGCCUGGCGAUGUGCCCGUUUCUGAACAAGUUGUUCCCUCAGAAGCAGAACAUGUGUCUGCUGUGCGGCGCCGUGGAGCGCUCCGAUCAAGAACCGCACGUUAAAUGCACCACACCUGGCUGCGUCGGUUUGUUCUGCAUUCAAUGUUUUGCGGACUUGCAGAAUCUCUGCACGAUUUGUCGAUCACCCAUUGAGUAUGGCGAUCUAACGGAUAUGAGUGAGGAAAAAGAUUCAUCAGACGAUCAAUUAAUUGUAAAAAAAGAGCCUGUGCCAAUAAUCAAGGAAGAGAUACCACAUGUAGAAAAAGAACCAGAAGUAAAAAUAAAGAUAGAAGAAAUACCAGAAAAGAGAUUAUCGGAAGAAGAAAUACCGAAAGAAGAAAUGCCAGAUAAGAGAUUAUUGAAGGAAAGAUUGUCUGAAGAAAAAAUACCGACAGAAGAAUUAUCGAAGGAAGAAUUAGUGGAAAAAGAAUUACCAAAAAAAAUAAUAUUUGAAGAAAUAAAAAGAGAAGACGAAAAAAUAGAAAGAGAAAUAGAAAAAAAAGAUAAGGCUGUGCAAACAGAUGAUGAUGAAACUAGUUCAGAUUCGAUUUAUAGCUAUACUUAUCAAGAUGAAUCGCCGCAAGAGAUUGAAGUCGUGCAUCGCAGGAUUCCCUUCAAAGACGUAGAAGCACAGAAAAUCAAAGAGGAUGUUACGAUCCAAAUUUUUAACGACGCAUUAGCAGAGGAGAUUACCUCGACCAGCGAGGAUCCGACGUCCUGUUUCGUGGUAAGGGCUCGUAGAAGACUUCGUACCAGAUUGAAAAGAAAAUCUUGCUCUUGCCCGCGCAAGGAGGAAGAUUCCAGCUCGUCUACGUCAAUAGCGGACACAGAGUCUUGGCCCACAGAAGAGCUGGAUGAGGAAGAGGUGGUUCACAUCGAGAUGGACGAUGGUUCCAAGGAAUUACUUUUAAAGGACGGCGCCGUCAAAGAAAAAAAGCGGAGUCGUGUAAAGAGAAUUCUCGCUGCACUCGCAAAAAUUCCUUGGCUCGGGAAAAGCACGAGAAACGAUCGCGACAGCGACGGUGAAUGGAAGGCGAGGAAACCGUCUCUCCUGGACAAGAUAGCUCAGAUGCUUCCUGGUAAUCAAUCCGUCUCGCCUGUUCGUACGUACCGACGAAUCCGUACCACAAAAAAGAACGCAAAAUGCAAGGAGUCCUGCGCUUUAUCGUCCUCCACCGACGAGGAGGAUGAACAAAGCAUGCUCUUGGAAGCGCAUAAUCGGCAAGUAGAUUGUUUGCAAAUCCAUCCGGACCACGACGACCAUUCCGAGGAUAACAUUUACAGCAGAGACUACGACUCGCAUCGUGUGCGACGCAGGACGAUCUGCCGUCAACGGGGUGCUCGUGCGAGAUCCGGGGAACCAGCGAACCUGAAACAUCCUCACGAGAAGAAAUUCGCGACGACGCAAUUGCCGAGGUACUUGCAAUCGAUUUCGAGAGAUACAGCGUAUUUCGAAGUGGACGAGAUCAAAGACGAGCGAUCGACACGGAUGUGCGUUCGUUCGGGAGAGCGCAUCAACGAUUUAGCAGACACCAGAGUAUGUGUCGAGCAUCAGAAAUUGAAGAGACACGUCACCAGCAACGUCUGUACUCGUAUCUCCUGUUCCUGUACAUCGCAUAUAUGCAACGUUCAAGGAGAGAGCAAAGUCUGCCAGUCAGAUAUGAGUGCCGUAACAGAACAAAGUGACGAAGCACCUAAAACGGAGGGGAUAGAAACAGAUAGAGAACUGCUAUCUAUUAAUUGGGAAUUGAAUCAAAGAAAAAGCAUGGAACAAAUUAUUACUAAAAAAACAUCAAUGGAAAUCGAAACGAAUCAACGAGAAGUCUUAGAAAAAAUUGCGUCUAGAGAUGGUCAAAGAAAAUUGUUGGCUGAAACUGGCGGAGCAGUUGCGGAAUUAAAUAAUAUCGCACAAGAAGAAAUUCUAAGAAAAUAUUUUGUCAGAGGAGAACAAUCUAAAAAAUUAGACGUGAGAGGAAAAGCAGAGACGUCGACAUCAAGAGUAAAUGAUAAACCUCAAUUGUACUAUCCGUUAGCUGGUUCGGAGUUGCACAGCGGCACGUACCGAGCGAAAAGGUGUGAAAAAUCUGCCGAAGAAAAAUUAACGAAGCAACCGGAAGCAACGGAAACACGUAUCGAUGAUAGAGAGGCGGUGAAAUCCACAGAAUUUGAAGAAGGCGUUGGAACGAUACAAGGAGACUCGCAGAUCAUCGCGCAUGGAAGAAAACCUACAGAAAUGUCCACGGGGAAUAUUCGAAAAUUUAAAAGAUACGAUAAAAGUGAUAAGAUCUUACACUCCGAUCAAAAUGCUGAAAUGUUCAAAGCAUCUGAUUUGGAGGAAAAAGGAGGGAAGAGAAGAGAGAGAAAACGAAAAAGAUGGGUCAAAAGAAGCGAACCCGGCUGCAGCUCGCCGCGAGGAAGACGAAAGCUUCGCGACAAGGCAACGUUGAUUAAAGAAAAGCAGUACUGCAGAAGAAAGCAGAAGGAGACUCGUGAUUGCGAUGUGCAAACUCCGGUGCAUUCUAGCAUGCGGCGUGAGGAGGAUUCCUCGCGUACAAGUCGGGCGGACGAUAUUCGAAGACGGGGAACGGUUACUUCUGCACUUAAACCGGUGGCCGGAUUAAGCGAGAAUCGCCAAACUCAGUGCAAUCUUCGCGAUAGAGAUAAUCUUCGAAAAAAGCAAGACAAUGCCUGCAGUUUAGCGCUUACAAGCGAGUCGGAAGCCUGGUCUUGCAGCGUUCAGCCUCAAUAUAAGGCACCUGAACAAGUCAUGGUGCAAGAACACCGAAGAAAAUCGCUCAAUGAACGUAGCGAUCGACAAGCAACGAGCCGCGUUUCGCCGCAGCAUAAAAACGUGUUUACGACACGCGAUGAUUCGUAUAUGAGUACCGAAAUGCAUGAGGACACAAUACCUGUAAAAAGUAAGAUUAACAAUGAGAGAAAGAGCAAGAGAUACUCAAAACCAACGAAUAACGUAAAUACCAACAAUCGUAGAAUGACUGGAAAUGUUAACAUUUAUAUCUGCUCGGAGACUAAUAGUCCAUCAUUAAUAAUAAAUCAUUCAUAUACUAAAAAGAUAACUCCACAGGAGAGAAGCAAAAGAAGAUUGAAGCUUCAAUCCUGCACGGAGACAAGUUCCGAUAUAACUACCGAACGAUCGAAUUCAAGAUGCAUCAGUGCCAGUAGCGCGUCAUCCUGCAAGCUGCUAAACAGCAUACAAGAAAAACGAAGGAAAUUACAAGCGAAACAACUAACUAAUUCUGUUCACCAGGAAAAAGACGGCAGCAGCGAUAACAGUGACAACGCUGUUCGUGACGACAAAAUAUUGCACGGGAGCUAUAGGAAGGAAUUAAGCGAGUCCAGCAAGGAACAAAUAAAUAUCAAGGUGACUGACGAGGAUACUGAAUGCCAAGACGCGAUCUCCAGGGACUCGACCAGGGACGGUUGCUGCUGCAAGGAUCCAAGCUUCAGCAGCACGGAUCUCCCGCAGGACUCGUUGGAUUCCGUAAUUCCGCGUUUACAUUUCAACGAGUGCGACGAAUCCGCAUGUUCUUGGACCACGAUUUAUCCAUUAGAGACGAGAGCCAAGAUGGAUGAUAGCGAUGGCUCCUCGUUGAACGCGAUCUGCAUGGGACGAGGGACUCGAUACGGAAAUGACGAGCGCAGUAAUGUUUGCAGGAAUGUCAGAUCCACUACGUGUGAUGCAAUUGAUGGCAGUAGCUGGUUGCCGAGAUCGAUCUAUACGGAUUGCGCUAAGGUGGAUGGCGAUGUUCCCAAGGAGUGCUUCACCAACAGUGGCAAAUAUCGAAACGAGAGACUUCAGAAACCGAUGCUGAACCGUAACGAUAUUUGGUGGAAACAGGCGGGUUGCAAGCUACCGCAGGAACCUCUCAGAGAUUCCCGAAAGGAACCCACGACUCGAAGGUGGCCCACGUGCAGCUGCAUUGUGGAGGAGGAAGAAGAUCGUUGCGCGAACGUUGGCAGAGGCGACAAGGAGUCUUCGGAGGAUCCGUGCGAUAACGUGGAGUGCCCAAAAAAAAUAUCCGUAUGCCAGAUACCUUCCAGCGCGUUAGUCGAAACUGUGACUGUAUGCGAGACCCCGUUCAGAAAUGCCGAGAAACAUUGCGAGGAAACGCCCGCUUGCGAAAGCCCGUUAGGGGAUUCGGCGGAAUGUCCGCGAGCCGCUAUUCCGUGCGGAACAACGUUCGAAAAUUCGGAAGAACCUCCGAAAGUAACGAGAGUUUGUAAGGAGUUCGUUGCCGGGGAGCCUCCGAAAGAUAUCGCAGUUUGUGGGACGACAGUCGGCGAACCGAAAGGUCCGCCGGAAGAAGUAACAGUUUGCAAGAGCUCGCUUCUCGACUCCGGGGAAGCCCCAAAGGAAACAAUUUCUAAGACGAUUCCUGACUCGAACUUUGCCAGCCAAGAAGAUGUCGACAGCGUAUCUUUAAACGAUGCAAAAGAUAAACUUGUGAGAGAAAAUACAGAUAUGGCAAACUUAAACAACCAAAAAGAGAAUGCUGGAAAUGUUGGAAGUAUGGUUCAGUCUAACGACAAGUCUAAUAUCGUGUCUAAUAAUCUUACGAAACUGACGUUUGCCAAGAAUGUAACGCAAAAUGAACGAACAAAGGGAAAUGUUUUGAAUAAUCGAUCAAGAAAUCCGAUUGUCCCAGUUGGCUCGGUUGAAUAUUCAAAACAACGAGUAUCAAGAAACGUUUAUUCUACAGCAUUAGCACGUAUGGAGUUUCCUAAUCGUCCAAAUUUUACCUCAAAUCAUAAUCCACAAGAAAUAUUGAAGAUUCCGAUUGAUAAACGUGGAGCAGCAAAAAUGAGAUCGCCUCUCAAUCGACCAACAAAGAUCCAUCUUGAACAACAGAACAAGGUCUUGAAAGAUCUUACGACGCGAGAUUUGACAUCGAGCAAAAAUAAUCAGGUUGACGAAAAAAUACAAGAAAACUCGAAAGAGAAAGAGGAAGUACAAGAUAUUCCAAAGGAAAAAGAAAUGGCAGAAGAAAAGCCAAGAGAAUCAAUUUUGCAUACAUCACUUAAAAAACUGAUCGACGUAAUUAAACACUAUAGGGUGCAACUUAAGGAUAAAAUAGAAACCAAAAACAUUGAAGUAAAGGAGACAGUUAUAGAUGACAAAGAAGACGUUACGCAAUUAGAAAGUAUUUCAGAAACACGAGAGAAAAUUGAUGAUGAAAAAGAACGACGAGAUGUUAAUAAAGAAACGCAUAUAAAAGAAAUUGGGGAUACUGUACAUGUUGCUAGACCAAAACCGACUGCUCCGAUAGCUGACUUUACAGUUCCUGAAGAAAGUAAAAAAGCAGAUCAAGUGACAUCAAGUGAAAAUCAGACGCAUUUAAUGCCUAAAUUACUACGCAUUAUCGCGGCGAAGAGAUCGCAUCUCUUACCAAUCGUAACUGCAACAACUGAACCCAAGCGUCAAGAACCUAAAGUGGAAUCUGUUCCCGUUGAGAUUCCCAUAAAUGAAUACGUCACUCGAGAAGAAACAGUGCAGGAAAAAGUAAUUCCACAUGUAGAACCUUUUCCGCAGGAAGAAGUAAUCCUACAGGAAGAAUCAAUUCUGCAAAAAGAAGUAAGCGAAGAGCCUAUUGUGCAAUUCACAGAAGAAAGGAAAAAGGAAGUAUCACUUGUACCUGAAAUAGGCGAAGUCGAAGCUACUGCAAAGGAGAUUAUCGAUAUUUCAGAGAGUGUCGUUGGCAAAGACAUAGUUUCGGAGGAUUUUACAAGAGCGGUAAUAAAAGUUGAUGUACCUUGCUCAAAGAAAAUAGAGAGAAAAGAUGAGUCACAAGGGGUCGUUUCUUGUAAAUAUGAGUCACUUUCUGAUCCGUUUGAUUAUACCUGCUCAACUGCCAAGUGUACGGAGGUACGUAUAGCCUGUCCGCAAAAGAAAUUGGAAGAAGAGCAAGAUGAAUCUAUAGCUUGUAAAUGCAAGCUACAUCCCGUGUCGAAAGAUUGCUCGAGGUUUAUUGCCAAGUGCAAAUACAAUAACGCUUUCGAUGAUUGUGUUUGCAAGAUCAACGAACUUGAGCAGAAAAAAGACUGCACGCACUGCCAUUUGUCAAUAGAACAAUGUAUUUGUGCAUCGACACAAUACUUAAAAAGCUGUUUGAAGAUCAACAAACCGAAAUUUCGUGACAUUUCGUCUUUGAAGGAUAGCCCGCAUAUUUGCACGAAUUAUUGCAAAGAAAAGAAAGAAUAUGCCGAUCACCAGCUAGGUGUAUCUAUCAUGCCCAAUCAAGAAAUCAGUCUUGGCACCCUACAUUUGGCUUGA